UUGGGUUCUCGCUGUUGUCCGAGUCGAAAAUGCUUACCACUUCGAUUCGGAUUGUACCGGCAAAGCCAAUAUGGCGCCGAAAUAAAUUAUUUUUAUUCUAAAUGCGUCAGUAAGAUUGCUGACCAGCAAGAUGGAGACACAGCGCAAGGAGCUGAGCAGCUUGACUAAUCAAGUGAAACUGACCCUGAUGCGGGCCUGGAGGGAGAGGUGGUCAGAUAUUCAAUGGGGUGUCCAGCUCAAGCGAAUACUUGCAUCAUGUAGUGGAGAAUCCUGCGAUCUGGCAGAUAUUUUGUUACAACAAGCACUGGUUGGUAGUAGCCCAAACACUUUGGUGAUGUCAUAUCUUAAACAUGCAGUAUUGUCUCAGGUUAUUCCAACAAGUUCUGUGUUGAAACAUAUCUCCAGUUUUGAUGACAGCUCCAGACCUUACUGUAUAGUGGCUCUCAUAGACCUGGCGGAGACAUUCGCCACCAAGUUGAGUUUCACGCACGGUCCUGACAGUGGGCUACAGCUGUGCAAGUCGCUGCUGCUGCUGGUGCACUGGCUGCUCCUCAACAUCCUCAAGUGUCUGCAGAAGCUGCAAGAAGGCAAGCAGCAUCAGGAGCUCGUCAUUAUCGAGAACGCCAGCAACGCUGUUCUCAAGAUCCUGGAAAAGUCUACUGUCAUAGCUUUGUUGCAGAUCUCAAGGUCAGAGGUCACAGAUGUCUACCGGGAGUUUGAGCAGACGGAGCUGAAUGUGCGAGGCACACUGAGUCAACUACAGCAGAAUGUCAUCCCCAACUCCACCAGGGAGAAGGUGUCCGCAACACUCGCUUCACUCUCCAGGCUGCAGGAAGCUCCCCUGUCCAGUGAACCGGUGUUGCGGGUGCCCCACCUACCCAUCUGUCCCACCCUCAACGCCCUCGUGUCACUGGAGGCGGUGCUUAAUUCCACCAAUGAAGUUCAGCCAUUCGUUGACCAGAUCCUUGUCAUUGCAAGACUCAUGAAACUGUCAUGGCCACAGCUCCAUCAGGAGAUAUUCCGUGCAUGUUUCAUGGGUCUUGUAGACUCACACGAGACACAGGAGGAGCUCAAGUGGGCAGCAUUUACAUUCCUCAAGUUGCCACAGAUCCUAGUCAAGAUGCAGCUCCAGUCUUCAGGCCGGGAUUUCUCCGCAGAACUGGAGCAGGGAUUCGAGAUGAUCCUCAACUACAUCCACCUCCUGGACCUCACAGAUAUCAAGCAGAAGUACGAGUGUCUGGGCCAGCUGCUGCACGAGUGUAACAGGUUUAGUCUGCUGUCAGACAACCAGAGGCAGCGUCUGUUAAAUAGACGCAACAGCGAGCGUGAGCACCGCAUACCCGAGCAAUGUAGUUCGGGUAGCGGCACGGUGAGCUUAAUAAUGCGCGCCGAGAUGACUGUGACGAGUAUUCUGAAGACCCUUGACGCAGACUACCAGAAGAAUCAAGACCCUCUGGUUGGGAUCCUCAAUCACAUGUUGUCGGGACGCAGCUUUGAGAUUAUUCUAGCAGCCGGUGCAGCGAUGGGAGAACUACAGAACUUUGCUGUCAAGUUGAUCAAAAUCAAUGAGUUUGCACGUCAAGCGAUGGGUGAUGGCGGCAAGGCUGCUCAAACUCGGGCCCAGUUGUUUGACAUCACCUUCCUGAUGCUGUGCCACAUUAUCCAGCUGUAUGGCACUGAGAUUGUGACAAAUCUGAAGGAUCCCUCUGAAUCAUUCAUCAUCCAGUGGGCGCAGCGAUGGCUGCCAGAAGAUGGGAAAUACAAGAACGUGGAGAUCUGCGUCCCCAACGACCCCAACAAGGUCGACAACCUCCUCCAUCAGUUCACCUCAGGAGGAGAACUCAGAACAAGUGUGACUAGGUGGCAUCAAGUAUGUAACAACACCCCCUUCGCCGUACAGGAAGUACUGUUUGCCUGGGAGCAUGGGGCAGUCAGUGCAGAGUCUGUCAAGGUGAUCCUGGACCACGUGAAGAGCCGCAUGUGCUGUCUGCCGGUGGUGGCAUGUGUGUGGCUGUGCAGCUACAUGAACACCGUCGGCGAGGAGGCACGAGAGAAGCCAUUGCUGAUGUUGGAGCAUCUCACCAAACCCAUCAAGGGAGAGGCCGCAGCAUCUAAUGAAAGUCGAAACCAUCUGAUGUCAAUUGUGAUGGAGAAGAUCGUCAACGACAUCCUGCCGACCAACCAUCCCCAGCGUCAGACGGCACACAUCCACAUUCCCCCAAAGGCCCUGCCCAGUGAUGUGCUGCAACAGACGCUCACCCAGAUCUUCACCAAGGGAUGGAUCGACCUCAAGUGUCUCCACACCCUGGAGCAGCUGCUCAACCUGUGUGGCUCCGACUGGCUGUGUGAGAGGAUGGUCCUGCAAAUGCUGGAGAACAACAAGUCGGAGGACCUGUGUCAGUCCCUGAGUCUGGUGUUCUCCAUCUUCCAGGACCUGGAACACAUGACUCUCAGUCUGCUGCUGCACACGCUGCCCCGCAUCCUCCACACCAAGACACGCCUCCACCUCAUGAUCGACCCCCGCGGAUACACGCUCGCCAAGCUCUGUGUCCUGUGUAUCACAGCAGCCCAGGAGGCCAGGAGCGGCCCUGAAGAGCCCUUUGUACGACGAGGGAGAAAGAGAUCAAGGAAAGAAGUGGAGAUGGAGGAACUAGAGGAGAUUGAUGUGCGGCCGGCCAAAGUACGGAAAAUGCAUGAACCUCAGUUGACGUUACACUCUGAGGGAUUCAAUCUUGAGGACAUCUCAGUGAAGGAGGAUGGUGAGGCGUCCCCGACGUUCGACACCAAGGAACCCCUCAACAAGGCUCUGGUGAAUUUGUUCCAACUGAUGAAUGCCAUCAUCCACGAUGGUAGUUUCACCCCUAGGACAGGCUUCAUUGUGUCUUUCAUCGAGGAAGCCAUCAAGUGCGGACCCCAAUACUCCCAAUCUGCUCUGCAGUUCAUGCCACCUAAAAUGCUCCCCCAGAUGAUGAAGACCAUCCCCGGUGUGUACAGCAACAGUCAGGUGCUGCAGAUCUGCGACAUGUCCACCGCUACUGGCAGGAAGGUUGCAGCCAAGGUCGUCUGCCACAACUCCAGGUUUCUCAAGGAAUGAAGGGAGAUUAGUGACUCAGAGGUUACAGUUCACAGCUGCCACGAUUGUAGGCACCAUUUAUGAUGCUGCAUUUGGCAGCAUCUGGGUUUCUUCCAGUUCAGACUCUGCUCCAGCAUGCCAUGAUGUAACUGAAAUAUCAUUCAGUGACAUAACAUCUAAACGGAAUUGGUCGUGUUGGCUGAAUUGUUCUGCUAUCAAUUUUGAACAGGAAGUUCAGAUACCUCAAACAAAUCUGAAGCAGACUCCUAAAGUUUGGGAUUUGUGUUACCUUGAAGAAGAGUGGUGGGAAAUUUGUACAGUUGUCUUGAUUGUUACUUGUAAAUAUUUCAUUCUAACUGUAUAAAGAUUGUUUGAUAA